CAUUUCAAAUCUGACAUUAUUGCAUUUCUAACGAAACCCUCUUCAUUCCUCCAAGAACAGCUCCAAAUCUGUAUCUGAAAUCAAUCAAUCUUGCCAUCCAUCCACUGGAUUUCUAAUGAAAUCGUGCUGAUUCUUUGAAGAAAUCUAUUUCAUUGUCUAGAGAGAGAGAGAAAUGUCAAGAAGGCCAGGUAAUCUUACAAGACGAUUUACAGGAAAUGGUAGUGUGCCAUUAGGAGGAAUCUUUCAUUCCAAAUCACGUACAUCUCCUCUAUUAUCCAUUGCUCUCAUAUUACUAGGAACCUUUCUUUUUAUUGCCUACUUUUACAGGGGCUCAGGUAUCUCUAAAGACCAUAAUGAAGUUAGCAAGAUUGAAGGCGACUUUGGUUGCACAUUCGACGUUCAGAAAGCAAUACCUGUGUUAAUGAAAACAUACGGCGAGAGCAUGAAUAAAGUAUUGCACGUAGGACCCGAUACUUGCUCGGUAGUCUCGCGAUUAAAAAAAGAAGCGGGAACGGAAGCAUGGGGUGUGGAACCGUAUGACAUAGAAGAUGCCGAUUUAAGUUGCAGACGGCUUGUGCAUAAGGGUCUUGUUCGUGUUGCUGACAUCAAGUUCCCUUUGCCGUAUAGGGCUAAGUCGUUUUCUCUAGUAAUAGUUUCCGAUGCAGUUGACUACCUAUCUCCCAAAUACCUCAACAAAACCCUUCCAGAUUUAGCAAGAUUAUCUGCAGAAAAUCUUGUUAUAUUCACUGGUUAUCCUGUUCAUUCUAGAGCUAAAUUUCAACAACAACAACAACCAAAAUUUGGACGUCCAGCUAAAAUGCGGAGUACGACUUGGUGGGCUCGGUUCUUUGUUCAGACAAGUCUCGAAGAAAAUGAAGCAGCAGCCGUGAAAUUCGAGCAGGCCGCUUCUGAGUUCUCUUACAGACCAAGAUGCCAAGUUUUCCACCUCAAUUCAUAUCAUUGAUGUUAUGGAAUCCAUAGCAGAAGAGGAGGGCAUCUCUUUGUUCUCUAAUUCUCUCUAGGUUUUUUUUUUCAAUUUCUCGUCUAUAUAGAUAUAGUACUGUUGUUGGUUAAAAUUUUCACGAGUCGCCGGUUUAGUAACUU